CGGUUUUCUAGCCAGUCCUUUCCCUUUUCUCUCACAUCUUCUGUUGCUUCCUUUUCUUUUUAUUUUUGAUUAAUUUAAAUUAUCUUUCUCUCUCCUCCUUCCUCUCUCUUCCUUCCACCGGAAAACACCUCAUUUCGCCGGCGUCCUCCAUCUACUCCGCGUCCACAAUCGGAAAAUCCGUUUACAUUAUCCGAACUCGGUAUAAUUCGGAUCUCUCCGAGUUUGACUCGGUUCCGUUAAAUGUUUGGCGCGUUUUAGAAGAAUGUGGGGUCCUCGAUGGGGAAGAUCGUGAUCUAGGGUUUGGAUUUUGGAGGUUUGGAGUCUACUAGUCGGUUAAAAUUUCUUUAAUCAGAAAUUUAAAACACGGAGGCCUAUAGAGCACCAACACGGCAUGAAAUGGUUGAAGGAAGGGUCUGUCUGUCCAAAGAGGCCAGAAAUGGGUUAGAAUUCCUGAAGCAUAAAAGGCUUCAGCGAAUGAAAUCAGAAACUGUUACUGACACAGUAAAUGUUCCUAACAUGAUGAGUAGAAGUGGAGGAGAUGCUUUAAGGGCUUCAGCAUCUUGUGGUGUUAGAUUACAUGGUAAUGUGGAUUCAUUUGUUCCCUCAGAUUAUCCUUCAAGUGCAAAGGAUGCCUUUACAAAGAAAAAGGUCGAUAAGUUUGACACAAGUGAUCUAGAAUGGACAGAUAAAAUUCUGGAAUGCCCUGUUUACCAUCCUACAAAGGAAGAGUUUGAGGAUCCUUUAUUGUACUUACAAAAAAUAGCCCCAGAUGCUUCAAGAUACGGCAUAUGCAAGAUUGUUUCUCCCAUAACUGCUUCUGUUCCAGCUGGUGUUGUACUAACGAAAGAGAAAGCUGGUUUUAAGUUUACAACCAGAGUACAACCUCUUCGUCUUGCGGAGUGGGAUAAUGAUGAUAGGGUCACCUUUUUCAUGAGUGGAAGAAAUUAUACAUUUCGUGAUUUCGAGAAAAUGGCGAACAAGGUUUACGCUCGUAGAUAUUGUAGUGCCAGUUGUCUUCCUACAUCUUACCUGGAAAAAGAAUUUUGGCAUGAAAUUGCUUGUGGAAAGACAGAAACUGUUGAAUAUGCAUGUGAUGUUGAUGGUAGUGCCUUCUCAUCAUCUUCCAGUGAUCCACUCGGAAAUAGCAAUUGGAACUUGAAGAAUGUUUCGCGGCUGCCAAAGUCUAUUUUACGUCUUCUGGAAACGGCUAUUCCGGGGGUAACAGAUCCAAUGCUUUACAUUGGAAUGUUAUUUAGUGUAUUUGCCUGGCAUGUGGAGGAUCAUUACUUGUACAGUAUUAAUUACCAUCACUGUGGAGCCGCAAAAACUUGGUAUGGAAUUCCUGGUCAUGCAGCUUUAGCAUUUGAGAAGGUGGUUCGAGAACACGUGUAUACUCAUGAUAUUUUAUUAACUGAUGGAGAAGAUGGGGCUUUUGACGUUCUACUGGGGAAAACAACUUUGUUUCCCCCAAAUAUUUUGCUAGAACAUGGAGUCCCUGUUUACAAAGCUGUGCAAAAGCCUGGGGAGUUUGUUGUUACUUUCCCAAGAGCUUAUCAUGCUGGAUUUAGCCAUGGUUUUAAUUGUGGCGAGGCUGUUAACUUUGCAAUUGGUGAUUGGUUUCCAAUGGGGGCUGUUGCUAGCCGACGCUAUGCACUUCUAAACAGGAUGCCUCUUCUUCCACAUGAAGAGCUUUUGUGCAAAGAAGCCAUGCUUCUCAAUACAAGUCAAGAGCUUGAAGAAUCAGACCAUUCUUCUGCAGACUUGUCAACUCAUCAUUUUAUUAAAAGUUCUUUUAUCAAACUUAUGCAUUUCCUGCAUUAUGCACGUUGGUCUCUGAUGAAAUCAAGGACAUGUUCUGGCCUUUUGCCAAAUACCUAUGGAACUGUAGUCUGCAGCAUAUGCAAACGGGAUUGCUAUGUAGCUUUUCUUAACUGCAACUGUUACAUGCAUCCUGUCUGCCUUCGUCACGAUUUCACGUCUCUUGACUUCUCUUGUGGAAAGAAUUAUACGUUAUUUUUGAGGGAGGAUAUUUCAGUAAUGGAAGCUGCUGCCAAGAGGUUUGAGAAGGAAGAUGGAGUAGUACAGGAGAUUCAACGGCAAGCAAAAAGCGGGGAUGAUUUGUUUUGCUAUCCCUCUUCAAGUACAUUUCUGAGUGGAUUAGAGGAUGUAUACUCGCCUUAUUGUGAGAUUAAAUUUGAGUUCAAUACUGAGAGUUUCACGACACUUCAGAAUCAGUCACAAGACUUUAGCCAGUCUGCAUUAGUACAGGACAUUAAAGAUAGUAGACCUCUAAUCUCAGAAACUUCCGUCUCUUGUAAUGCAUCGAUACUGUAUCCUAUCAACGAGCAAAUUGGAAAUUCUUCAGCACCCAACAAUAAGCGAAAGGGAGAGGCUGACAUUAACAUUGAGAAUGGUGAUUCUGGAAAGUUCUCCGAAGAAGUAUCACACGGCAUGCAUGAGUCCUCUGUAUCUUCUUUAUCUCAUGAUGAAUGCCCAAGUACCAAGCAAGGUGAUUUACAUGGAUCAGAGGUUGGACCUAGUGUAGAUCAACACAGCGAUGAUUCUGAUUCAGAAAUGUUUAGAGUUAAGCGUCGUUCUUCUCUAAAAGUGGAGAAAAGAUUUGUCGCUGAUACUGUUUGUUCUAGGAAUUCUGAAAAUCAGGGGCUGAAACGAUUGAAGAAGCUUCAGUUUGAGGGUAGAUAUGGUCAAACAUUAUCGGGUUGCAGUCGAACUAAUGAUGAGAAAAGCCGAAAUGCUACAUGCACGUCAAAUUACAAGGAAGUUAUGGCGAGUGCAUCAAGGGACAGGUUUUCCAGGGCAAGUUCUAUUCCCAUAUCAAUCAAGAUUAAGAAGUCUUUCAACGAUGAUAAGAAGACGAGACAACAAGAACAACACAGAGUAGGUAAGUUCCAGCAUGAGCGGGGGAAGACCACUAGGGAACAACCACCGCGGAUAGAGAUUGGGCCUAAGCGUCUUAAAGUCAGAGGCCCAUCGUUUGUAGGGUCAGAGAGCAGGUUAGAUUGACUUUUGGAUCAUGUGAUUAACGAGAAAACUGGUUGGCCUGCCUCUGGAGCCAUUAUCUAGAGCCUGACUUUGCUAACUUAAUUUUCUCUAAUGGGAUUCUAACAACACGAGAAAUCCGAAAGAUUAAUUGUGGGAGCAGUGGAAAAAUUAACCAAGUUUAGGAAAUCUUUAUUCUUUUUGCGGGCCUCAAAUUGGGGUACUUUGCACGGAUGGUGAUUCUUCUAGUUCUGGUUCUGGAGGCGGGGUGUUUUUUUCGUCCUUCGUGAAUGCUGAAAGAAGAUUGUGGGUGUAAAUUUGUUUUUAGUGAUAUCAAUUCUUGUGAAGGAAGUUGGGUAUUCCCAUCUAUCCUUCUUUAAGGUCAUUCUGCUGCUUCCUGUUAGGUUCGUUAUUCUUUUUGUAGCAAUGGACUACUUUAAUAAAUACAGAGAAAUACCCUUUUUCUCUUUCA